GUAGCAGACCAAAGCAUCAGUCUUGAUGAGUUAAAGUCUUUGUGCAAAGAGCUCAAAAUCCUGCAGCCUGUGCAGAAAGUGGUUUCCUCAUUUCUUGGCUGGAAAUGGGAAACCCUCAGCACAAAACUGGGAGAAAAAGUGAAUGUUGACCAGUUGAGGAAAUUUGCAGUAAGUAUAUUAUAUACAUGUGUCGCACAAUGUAUUUUAUAUCGUUAAUUAUGAACAGUAUGUCUUAAUGGGUAAGGAUUGUUCGUCAGAUCAAGUAACAACAAGCUUUUAAAAAUAAUCACUUUGAGAAUGUGCUGCUGUUACAGUAUGUGGGUAUUUAUCUAUGUCACUUUAUAUACCCAUAAGGUAGACUUGCUCCAAGUCUCGCUUAUCUCUAUCAGAUAGAUAAGACUUGAACCAAUUUAGUGGAAUUCGUGAUAUACCAAAGUAGUUAAGCAUCUUUUUUAAUAGUAUUUCAUGGUUUAUACAAUCAAAGGCCUUACGUACAUCAAGGAACACGACACAAUUUAUUUUGCCAUUAUCCAUAUUCUCAAGUAGAUCGUCACACAUUUGUAUCAAAGAGGACAGUGUGGAGUGUUUAGGUCGAAAAGUGUUGAUAACAUAUUGCAUGAAUUCAUUAAUACCUCAAGUUGAUCAAUUCAUACGAAUUCAAAUUUCUUUUUACUUCCUGUGCGUUUCCUAUUGGUUAAUCUGUUCUUGUUCGAAAUCUAAUUGGCUUGUCUAAAAGUAACAGGAAGUUGAUCAAUUUUCUAUCAACUGAGGAAAUGAAUUCAUGUAAUAUUUUAUCAACAAUUCCAUUGCAUCGACAGUAAUGAGUGGCGAGUUUUACAAGUCCCGCUCGUUCUCCAUUUCAAGCAAGACUCGGAGCAAGUCUACUCACGAAGUGGCUUUCCUGAUUUUUAUAACCAAAGCAAGGGCCUUUCUACCAUGAGUUUCCCAACUUUAUCUUGUGUUUUAUACAUUCUUGAAGCUGUGUUUCUAUUUACUAGGGGAAAGAUGAAACCAACCUUAUUUUCAGGCAAUACUUGGACUACCUCCGAGAGAGUCUGGCCGGUGAGACGGGCCAGGAAUUCAGUCAAUUGCCAUUAAUUGUGUCGCCCAACAUAUUUCUGAUGGACCAGGGAACUAAGGGCAUUGUUCACAUGUGCACUGAUCCAUUGGGGCUGCAACAAGGGUCAUAUGGGCAGGAAAAAGGAUUUUCGUUGGCCCUGUACAAGCUUCCAAAACCACUUCAGGUACGUGUACAGUAAAAAAGGUUUAACUGUUUGAACAUUACGGUUCAUAAUGAAUGUGUUCUUUUUUAGGAGCAUGAUAUGACAACAUCUGCAAUAGGUUUGUUGGACCUAAUGGAUCGUUUGAAUUUUGGUGUGCGUCACAUAUUCAACAUAGCCAUACUGGGAGACAUCCAUCAAUUAAUGGAAAUUCAAAAAUGGAUUGGGGAACAUCGUGGCAUGUGUGAGCUUGGUUUCACUUGUGUGAAAGGUGUUAAAUCAUCUGGUAUAUAUCGAUCUCGAAUAUGACGAACCGAAGGUGCAAGUCUCUAGAGGGGUUUGGGAGCACCCCCACCCCAGGAAAUGUUGGAUUUCUUGAAGUUCAGAUUAGGUACACUGUAUUUCCAGCACUUUGAGGAGUUUUCAAACAAGAAAUUAACCUUACACUAGUCCUUGAAAAUCAAAUCAGCUGAUCUUCUGGGACAGAUCAAAUCGAUCCCUGCAACCAUUUUUCCCCACUAAAUAAUGGGGCAGGAUAUCCCCCCCCCCCUCCCCCCAGUUUGAUUGUCCAGGGUUUUUUGUUCAGAAAUAGCCUUACAGGAAUAUUUUUUCAAAAUUACCUCCAUACCCCCCCCCACCUCAAAAGUUAAAUGGUCGGCCCCUUACUGUAUAAUUAUUCAAAUGAAUAAUUAAUUCAAAUAAUUGAUACUGUAUAUGCGCUUUUAUUGGCUAGAAUAAUGACACACUCCUAAUCACACCCGGUCAAAAAAUCCACCGGUAGAUUUGGCGCACAGUCAAACAAUUCACCGGUAUAUUUGGCGCGAUGUAAGGGAGAAAAGUCCUUUCCAGCGUACUUACUGUACGAACCGCGAAAACUGGAAAGGACUUUGGGAAAGUCUAGUAUAUUUACUCGUCCGUGGUGGAUUAUUGCCGGUAAAUGGGUUAAUUUAUUGCAUUCAUGUACUUAUUCAACACUGACUGACACUUUGAACUUAAUUAUUUUACUUUGUCUAAUACCAGCCAAACAAUUUUACGUGUCAGGGGCUCUACACUUGAUUAGUUAACGUUCUUAACAAAUCUUAAUUUAUAGUCCCAAAAUAAAAUGUGUAACUCUACAACUUUGCUAAUCAUUAGCCAUAAUAUUUGAAGUCUCAAUGGCAUAUUGUGGCGCCAUGGUUGAACAUACAUAAACAAUGACGCUAUCAUAUUUCGCAAUGCAUACUACAAAUUUUCAUUUUGCAUUGUACCUGCAUUUUACAGGAGUUCUUGGUAUGGUCAAAGCUGUGGAAGGAUUCCUUGUUUACCAUGCUGCACUUGGGCAACGUGUUCUUCAAGACCACUUUAAUUUUGAUGCAGAUGUGAAUAAUUUUAUGGUGGUAAAUGCGGAGCAAAAAGAGCUGGAAGUGUGCCGCAGGCUAGUGCAGCUGUUCAGUCGUCCAGGUGACUGGAUACUGGAUGUAAAUAUACCAGAAGGUACGGUAUGACACCCGUGUUGAUAAAAUACUAAUAUAUACUAAUAAUACAUCAAAUACUAAUAAAACACAGAGUGUGUUAAACUUAUAUUGGUUCUCGUUACAGUCGUGCCAAUAGAAGCGUUCCGAAAAGUAUUGACCAGUUCAUUUCCUAACUUCGAGGACUUCCUCUGAACAAUUCCUGAACAAUUUGAUUAAAAAGAUUCUAACUUCCUGUUUCAUUGACCAAUGACCAAUCGGAUUGCUCAAAAGUAAAAUAUAAAAUUUGAUUGGUCAAUGAAACAGGAAGUUAGGAAUUUUUUAAGGAACUUAUCAAAUUGUUGAGGAAUUGCUCAGAGGAAUUCCUCGACUUAGGAAAUGAACUGGUCAACAUUUUUCGGAAGGCUUCUGUUGGCACGACUGUAAAUCUUCAUAUUUACAACAAGUUUCUUCAGAUUUUUGUCAGUUUAAAAUCAAAUUGUCAAAUUUGAUUUUGUUCACUUUUUGCUACGCGACGGCAUACUAUUUUCCGGUACACGCGUAAAGAAUUAUGAGCCCGAUGUUUAAUAACAGGGUUGAACAAUGUUGUGUUGAAUCGGGUGUAACAAUAUUUAACAAUUGUUGUCCGAAAGGGAGGUGAUUAUUUAACAAUUAUUCGCCGAAGGCGAAGUGAUUAUCGGUGAAUAAAAACCGAGACGAAGUCAAGCUUUUAUUCACGAUAAUCACUGAGCCUGAGGUGUAUAAUUGUUUUAGUAUAAUUAAAUACAACUAUUAGAUUAAUAUUCCGCGUACCCAUGUAUUAUUCUCUAUAUAAUCACCUCAAUAGCAACCAAUCAGUGUCGAGAAUUUUCAAUAAUCACAGUAUGUAGUUAUACUAAUGUUCAGUAUUAUUGAAAACUGUGUACAAUGUGCCAUAUGGACAGCUCAACAUUGUUCAAUCCUGUUUUUAUCAAUGUUGCAAAAACCUGAUCGUUUUUAGCCCUGCAGCACGUAAAAUAUAAAUGAUAUGUCAUAUGAUAUUGUAAUACUGUAUACAGUAUAUGUGAAUAUCAGGAUGAUAUUUAACUGAAAAUUGAACUUUGACUUCCUUUCGUACAAGUUGUUUUGAAAUCAAAUUAUAAGCAAUUAACAAUCAAAUAUGUAUGUAUAUGCGUCCAUGUACAAUCCUGUUUUUAUCAAUGUUGCAAAAACCUGAUCGUUUUUAGCCCUGCAGCACGUAAAAUAUAAAUGAUAUGUCAUAUGAUAUUGUAAUACUGUAUACAGUAUAUGUGAAUAUCAGGAUGAUAUUUAACUGAAAAUUGAACUUUGACUUCCUUUCGUACAAGUUGUUUUGAAAUCAAAUUAUAAGCAAUUAACAAUCAAAUAUGUAUGUAUAUGCGUGCAUGUAUAAAGCUUUGUGUAUCAUGUAUAUGUUUUAAAUGUAUCACAUGUUCCUCUACUUCAUCUACUUUUAUGUAAUUGUUUUCAGUUGCUGGAGUUGCCGCAGCUAUCAAGGCAAGGCGGAAGAAAAACAUGAAAAAGCAAAAACAAUGCUACGAGAACUGUGCCAAUUGUAAAUA